CUCGAAACUGAAACAGAGCAUACAACGGGCUUCUUUUUCCAAUCGACGAUGCUCACGUUACUUACGCUGUGUAUGCGGUCACCGAGAUGACCAGACCGACGUCUGACGGCAAGAUGAAGCACGAAACGUGGUUGCCACGUAGCCCCAGCGCCGGCACGUAGCAGCUGAGAUGGCGGUCAGCAUGCCCUCUCGCCUCUCCACGCGUCUCCUGCACCGCACCGCACCGCAAAGGAGGAUCCUGCCUGCCAGCUGCCGGCAUAUAUGCAACGCUGGUGCCCAGGUCCGCCGUCGUAGGGAUACACACUGCAAAAAAUACCUGUCGGCAAGGACGCCGAUGACGAUGCUGAUGGGCAGGCUGGCCGGCGUAGCGCUGCAGCUCGCUCUCGCCGCACUGCUCGUGCUCUUCCUCCCGCCCUACUACGUCUACAGGCUCACCGCCUCUUUCCUCGGCUCCGUCUUCCCCGACAGCGUCUCCGGCAAGGUCGUCCUCAUCACAGGCGCCUCCUCCGGCAUAGGCGAGCACCUGGCGUAUGAGUACGCGAAGAGAGGAGCCAGCCUGGCGCUGGUGGCCAGAAGGGAGGCGAGCCUCCGGGAGGUCGCCGACCACGCGUCCGCGCUCGGCUCGCCCAGCGUCCUUGUCUUGCCGGCUGACGUCUCCAAGCCCGAUGACUGCCGAAAGUUCAUCGACGACACGGUUGCCUACUUUGGAAGAUUGGACCACUUGGUGAACAACGCGUCGAUUUGGCAGGUCUGCAAGUUCCAAGAGGUGGAGGACGUGAACUACUUCAGAACACUUAUGGACAUCAACUUCUGGGGACAUGUGUACCCAACUCGCUAUGCCAUUCCUCACCUGAAGAAAACCCAUGGCCGGAUCGUCGGUGUCACCUCCAACUCCUCCUACAUGUUCAUCGGAAGGAACACCUUCUACAAUGCGAGCAAAGCAGCAGCGCUAAAUUUUUACGACACGCUUCGGAUGGAGCUCGGUGGGGAAGUCCGCAUUACAGAGAUCGUCCCAGGGGUGGUCGAGUCAGAGAUCACAAAGGGGAAGAUGCUCACCAAGGAAGGCGAGAUGAAAGUUGACCAAGACGAAAGAGAUGCGAUCCUUGGGCCGACACCGGCGGAGCCUGUCGCCGCUUUCGCAAAGACGGCGGUGAAGGACGUGUGCCGGGGACAGAGGUACGUGUUUGAGCCGAGGUGGUACAUGGCGGUGUACCUGUUUAGGGUCUGCUUCCCGGAGAUCUUGGCCUGGAGCUCGCGGCUCCUGACCGUGAAGACGCUGGGGCGCCCUGCAACGACCGACACUGUGGGAAGACAGAUCCUCGACAUGCCCGGGGUGCGCUGGCUCACCCAAACGGCCUCGCUGCGGUCGCCGGAGAUUCAGGCCAGAUGAAAGUAGCUGGAUCGGCCCGUUGUGAUGUAAGAAGCCCACUACGAUGUCUCGUAGUAGUAAGAUGAAGCUUUGUCCAACUAAAACAUGCUUGUGUACUAGUAUGUCCCAUGGUCCGUAAUAAUUGAGAGUGGAAAAGAACAUCACAGUACUUUUUUUUUUCGUCUGAAAUCCAGUGGACACCGUAGAAGACAUCACUACUUGGUGCAAUGUGCAUGGAACUUCCACUUCUGAGUUACCGAAUUGGGAAUUUGAGGCAAAAAACAUAAAUUUGACCUCAAGACGAAACUAUUUCACAAACUAAACUAUGUUUGAAAGUAUUUCACCCAGCUGACCUUUAAUGUGCAGCGCCCAACAGCAAGGCGCUA